AUGUCUGAUACAACAGUAAUUGGAAUAGAUUUGGGCACCACAAAUUCAUGUGUAGCCAUUUGGCAAGAAGGCGACAUAAUAAUAGUGCCAAAUAAAUGUAAAGAAAACACAACACCGUCGUGUGUUGGAUUCAAUCAUGAUGGUGUUUUCGUAGGAAAUUCAGCAAUUGCACAGCAAACAAAAAAUCCGAAAAAUACUAUUUACGAAGCAAAAAGAGUGAUUGGUCAAAAGUACGAUACUGUUCAAAAAGACACAAAAUUUUGGCCAUUCUCUCUGGUGAAUAGAAACGAAAAACCGAUGUACCAAGUGAACAUCGGAAAUGAUGUAAAUUUGAUGCACCCCGAAGAAAUUUCGGCGAUUGUUCUAAGAAACUUGAAAGAAUCUGCUGAAAUGUACAUCAAACGAGAGGUAAAAGAUGCUGUUAUAACGGUACCGGCCUAUUUCAAUGAUGCAAAGCGAGAAGCCACAAAAAGUGCUGGCAGAAUUGCUGGGCUUAACGUGCUUAAUGUUUUGAGUGAACCAGUGGCUGCUGCAUUAGCUUUUGGACGUUUGAUUAAAGGAGACGAAGAACAAAACGUAUUGGUGUACGACCUUGGUGGUGGAACCUUUGAUACAGCGAUCGUCUCAAUUACUCCAUUUGGCAUGCACCAUGUGCGAUCCACAAAUGGUAAUACGAGACUUGGGGGUGCCAAAUUCGUUGACGUUUUGAUGCGUUUAUGCAUCAAAAAAUUGAUUGAAAUGAUUGGAAAAAUGACCAUCGGUAUAGAACAAAUGGUCAUUAUUCGAGCCGCCUGUGAAGAGGCUAAAAUAAAACUAUCCACGGAUGAAGAAACCAUCAUUACCAUAGGCGAUCAGAAGAUCCCCAUCAAAAGAACCGAAUACGAACAGCUCAUCGAACCGAUGGUCGAGAAAACGAUGCAGUGCGUUAAAAAUGCCGUUGAUGAUGCGGAUAUGGAAGUAGAAGAUAUAAAUCAUAUAGUUCUAGUCGGCGGAGGAACAUAUACGCCAUUGAUUCGCAAACAGCUUCGGUCUUUUUUCAAUAAAGAAGGGAAUACCAAAAUAAAUCCAAUGGAAGCAGUGGCAUAUGGAGCAUGUAUUCAGGCUGCAGCCCUGACUGGCAAGAAAGAUGCGCCUCCAAUUUAUACGCGAAAUGUUACACCGCUCACCAUCGGUAUGAUUGGCGCAAACAAAGAAUUUCCCUGUCAACCACUUGUGAAAAGGAAUUCAGCUUUACCGACCUCUAAAAACAUAAUUGGAAAAACGAUAAAGAACAAUCAACGGAACGCCAAAAUCAUGAUUUUCGAAGGAGAACAACGAAAAAUGAUUGGCAAUCAGCUUCUCGGUUCGGUUACCUUAAAAGGACUAGCAGAAUCACCAAAAGGUCAAGGAAUUAUUGAAAUUUUCUUGCAAAUCGAUGAAGCAGGUGAAAUUAUGGUCACAGCGACUGAUAAAAAGUCAAAAAACCAAGUGAUGCUAAAUAUUAAUCGCGUAGAGGGCUUCACCGAAAAUGAAAUAUCAGAAAUGACCAGCAAACUCGCUCAGCUCAAAGAAAUUGAAAUCGAUGAUCACAAGAACAGUGUUGUUAUGUCUCUAACAUCGAAGAAUAAACGAAUGAAAAUGGAAGAAGAAUAUGAAGACGAUGAAGAAGAUAUAUGUCCAAUUUACGGCCACGCUCAAAUUGAUGAUAUUUCUACCGUAAUAUCUUUGGACGAUUAA